AUGGAGCGACUCAGGGAUUCUGCAGUCCGCCCUUUAAAGACUACACUCGUCUCUCCCGGUUCUUUUCUCUUCUCUCAACCUGUGAAGCCAUCGGUCUCGUCACAACCACUCAGAAUGGAUAAAUCUCAACAACCCAGCUCCUUCCAGCAGUUGGAAAAGCUCGGUGAAGGCACCUAUGCCACUGUUUUCAAAGGGCGCAACCGCCAAACGGGCGAGAUGGUUGCGCUGAAGGAAAUCCACCUGGACUCGGAAGAAGGAACACCAUCCACCGCUAUUCGUGAGAUCUCGUUGAUGAAGGAGCUCAAGCAUGAGAGUAUUGUGUCGCUCUACGAUGUCAUCCACACGGAGAACAAGCUCAUGCUUGUGUUUGAAUUCAUGGACCGGGAUCUCAAGAAAUAUAUGGACACUCGAGGCGAUCGGGGACAACUGGACCCAGUCACUAUUAAGUCUUUUAUGCACCAACUGCUGAAGGGCAUCGCUUUCUGCCAUGAGAAUCGGGUUCUUCACCGAGACUUGAAGCCACAGAACCUAUUGAUUAACAAGAAGGGACAGUUGAAGCUUGGCGAUUUUGGCUUGGCUCGUGCCUUUGGCAUUCCAGUCAACACUUUCUCCAACGAAGUUGUCACCCUGUGGUACCGGGCACCCGACGUCCUUCUGGGAAGUCGCACCUACAACACCAGCAUUGACAUUUGGUCAGCCGGCUGUAUCAUGGCCGAGAUGUACACGGGCCGCCCACUGUUCCCGGGCACCACCAACGAGGACCAAUUGCUGAAGAUUUUCCGCUUGAUGGGAACGCCAUCUGAACGGUCGUGGCCCGGCAUCUCUCAGCUGCCAGAGUACAAGCCCACUUUCCACAUUUAUGCGACGCAGGACCUGGGUUUGAUCAUCCCGCAGAUCGACCAGCUUGGAUUGGAUCUCUUGAACCGCAUGCUGCAAUUGCGCCCGGAGAUGCGUAUCAGUGCCAGUGAUGCCUUGCUACACCCGUGGUUCAACGAUUUGCCUCAGGUUCAGGUCCAGCACCAGCAGCAGCAACAGCAGCAGCAACAGCAAUUGGCUGGCUACGGCGGCAUGGUUCCCCCUCAGCCAGCCUACUGA